ACACACGAUAGAGUUGUUUCUUUUCCAUCCCCUCCGAUCACAUCCACUUCCCGUCAUGGUAAAUUUCGCAAUGCUUACUUCGUCAUUCUCUCAUCCACCUACAGACCAACAAUCAUCCUAUUCACCCUUCUCGGCUGCUUCUUCACAACUUUCUUCUAUACCCGAAUCAGAAGAGGAGUCAGAUCCAUACAUCUCAACAACCAACGCAUUAGGCUUAUUCAUCGAACAGAAAAUGUCAACCGAUUCACCUACACUAAAUUGGACACCAUUUUUUGAAGGAGGCGGAAUGAGUGCAUCCAAUAGCGGACAAGAUUUAUUCUGGUCAAAACAUACAGAUGAAGAUGGGAACCUGAGUGCUUUGGCUGCAUAUGAAGCAAGGGCAGACGCAAACAAUCACGGUAUAUCUUCUGCUUCAAGUAGUCAAUCAGGUUCGGAUAUCUUUCCUUCUUCUUCAAUUCAUCAUUUACCCGCUUGGAAUUCGAUGGGAAACUUUGAAGAUGAACAUAAAAAUAACGAGAAGGAUCAUCAAUUCACUCACGUUUCACCGGGUGAUGCAUAUUCUACAAGUGGUUUAUCGGAUAGAAAUGGUGAUGAUGGAUUCAAAAACGAUCUUUGGUUCAUUCCUUCUCCUGAGACUGGCUCGGCUCCAAGUGCUCAUCUAGCCUUACAACGUAAAAAGCGCAUGCAAUUCGAUACGUCAAACGAAGCCUCUUUGCAAAGUAUGAAAGAAGCGGUUGGAUCACCCGGUGCUUCUUUGCCUUCAAAGCUAAAAGCAUUCAAAAGUGUUCCAAAUUUGAAAAGAAGAAUUUCAUCGGGAUAUACUGCAAGAUUAGAAGAAUUGUUAUCCGAAAUGGGUUGGCCUAAACAAGGUGAAGAUGGAGAACCAGAAGAUAGCGGAAUUGGCGAUUCAACGGCACAAGAUAGUGAAAUCGGUAAUGAUACCGUGGUUGCAUCCCACUCCGCCGGAAACGAGAAUGCCUCUUUUGCAGGCGAUCACUCCUACUCUAUCUCAGGCAAUGCAAGUAGUUCUACUUCCAGCGGUGGCGGUGGCGGUGGUGGUGGUGGUGGCAUGUCUCUACAAACUACAAACAGUGCUCUUUAUCAACGUAGAGCUGUUUCAAGGGAUGGUACGAUGCCCGUUCCUGCACCCGUCGAAGUUCCAAAAAGACCGGAAGAUCUAGUGGACAAUAAUGCAACCGAAACAAACGAUGAUCAAUUUAACCUUGAUUCGUUCAAUUCCGGUCUUGCACAUUCAUCUUCUUCCCUUUCUCUUGGAAAUUCAAACGACAGUCAAUUCUCAUCUUCGAAUAUGCUCAACAAUUUGAACGCGGUUUCACAAUCUUCUAUGAAUCAAAGAAGAGCAGCAGCUUUGAUCGCUCAACAGCAGAGGCUACAACAAUUGGCAGAUCAAGUAAAUGCCACGGGAUCAACGAGCAAUAUUGCAAAUUCAGAAUCGAAUGCUGGAUCAUCAAGUGAAGGAGUGAAUAACAACAUGCAGCUUUAUCAAUCUUCCUCUGUCAAUAAUUUGAACGUCAGCCCUGCUACCGGAAGACCAAACACUGCAAGUUCAGGAAGCAAUAUGACCGAGCUACACACACCAAUUACACCUUUUGUUGGCAUGUCAUUAAGCAGUGCACCUGCAUCGGGUAGUGGUGUCAAUAAUCAAGAUGCAUUGCCCCAAAUUCCAUGGACAGGAAAUGCAGCUCAAGCGUUUUCGUUCACUCCACAAAUGGCAUCCGGACUAUCGGGAAAGAACGCUGUUGGAAUGAACGAUUUCACGAUGAUGCAAUUCGGUAAGAUGCAAGCGGGAUCAAACAACGAUCUAGGAAGUAGCAAAGAGGCACAAGCCGAUUAUUUGGCAAACUUGCAAAACUCUUUGGGUUUGUACAAUUUGCCAAACAACAAUAAUGCUACUUCUACAACCACCGCUAUCAACCCUGCUGCCGUUUUGGAUCCUUCAUCAUUCUCGUCUUUUCCUCCAAUGCCAAACUCUGCAAUUGGCCUAAUGCCUUCCUCUAUUUCGAAGUCCGAUUUCAUCACUUCUUAUCCACAACUCACCUCAAAUCAACAUCAUCAAAAGCUCAUUUUCCCACCUCAACAACAGAAAGUUAUGCCGGUAGGACAAAGUGCAUUCGCAGGACAAAGGCCAAGAGCAGGUACUGCAAUGGCAGCCUUGGGAGAUUCAGCUUCUCAUCCAUCUCCAAGACAUAUGCGUAGUACGCCGAAUUUGCACAUGAUGUCGCCUUCUUCUUCGAUGGAUGGCAACCAAUACGCUUCCAUGCAAAAUCCAAAUGGUUCAUCUUCCGUACACAACACGCCAAACAAGAGUGUAAGAAAGAUUGCAAGUAAUCGAAGGUUGAACAUGCUAAAUGCAACUCCUGAAACACCUUCGAUGCAAUUGUAUGGAACGAUCCCAAAUUCACCCAUGAGUCCAACCAAACGUGGAAGAAGUAACACGGGCAUGCUUUCCUCUUCUACUUCUUUUGGAGUUGGAAAUACGAAUUUCGAAUUUAUCAAUUACGGAAUUGAAGACGCAGACGAACUCUGUUCAGCCGUUGCACCGAGUGGAUCGUACAAGGUGCCAUUGAAAGGUUUCGGAGGCGAUGACGAUGAUGAUGAUGAUUACGGAGGCAGUAUGGGCGAUAAUGCAGCUGAAGCGGACGAAAGGAUACAAUUCGAUCAACCUUCUUCUCCACGUAAAUCGUCAAAUUCUAAAGCCAACAGAAACGGUCCAAGGUGGGAAGAUGCACCACCUUUGCCAAACAUGACGCCAAGUAUGAAUUCUUCAGCUUCGAUUUCUGAAAAGAUUGAAGAUUCCGUGCAGAAUCCAACUUCAGAAAAUGCUGAUAGACAGGUAAAAAGACGCAAGAGUGAUGCAAGUAUGAUGUUAGCAGGACGUAAAAAGAGUCCCUCCAUGAGCAAUUUGCGCAAACGUGAUUAAGACCUUGUCCCUGCCUUUCUUUUUUUAUGAUUUCUCUUUCCCCUCAUCUGUAUACACAGCGCUCGAGUUCAUCAUUUCAUUCAUUAAUAUACAUGCAGUUUCGUGAGAUAAAUUGAAAAAUCGUAUUUACACCCUCAAUUGAAAGCUAAAUGGAAGCCCGGUAAAUCUUCCUCUCCCGGCGUAUCAAUAUGACCAAUAGCAGCCACAUCAUCAUCUUCGUCAAAUCCUCCAACUUCCACUGCGAUUCGAGUUGCGAUUUCUUUACUUUUCUUUAUACUUUCUCUAUCUAUCACACGACGA